AAAAAUAUAAAAUAUUUUCAUAUGUAGAACAUAUAUCCUGUUUAUGUGUAGUCAUGGUAUUCCCUACGCACAUCAACAUGUUUUGUUCACAUAUCUACAGGUAUAAAAUCCCACACUAACACACUUCCCAUCAAACAGUUAUAUUUUAACCUUUGCUCGGACGGUUGAUUUUAGAAUUUCGUAUAAAAAGAUUUGCAACGAACCAGAAAAAAAGCAGAAAAAAAUCUAUGUUUUAAAUGUAAAGGAUAUAUCAACUUGAACUUGAAGUACUCAUUUGUGUCGGACUUUAAAGAUAUAACAAAGAGAAUGCCAGUACUAGAACCUGUACCUUUACCAGAGUAUGAAGGUGUCACUUAUAUUUCACUGAGAGCCUUCAGAGAGAAAGGCCCAGAACAAACAAUAAAGGAUGUCAAAGAAUUCCAGUCAAGGGAAACAGAUGUUAUCAUUUGUACUUACCUUAAAGCAGGCGUUCAUUGGCUGGAUGAAAUUAUAACAAUGUUAGUAAACAAAACUACAACCCUUGCAUCUGGAACAAAAGGUCAAAGAACACUGGAGGGAAUAACGGAGUUAUCUGUCUUAGAUUCACUUCCGUCACCUAGAAUUUUAAACACUCAUUUGUCGUUUAAGUAUAUCCCUACAAAACAUGUGCAAAAUAAAGGAAAAAUUGUUCAUAUGAUCAGAAAUCCUAAAGACAUAUGCGUUUCUCUUUAUCAUCAUGCUAAGCGAGAUGUUGUGAUGAACUACGAUGUUCCAUGGGAGACAUAUUUUGAGAAUUGGAUGUCUGGAAAAGUAUUUUAUGGUUCGUGGUAUGAUUAUGAAUUAGGAAUGGAGGAGGCUUCUGUACAAUACCCAGGAAUGAUUUACACCUGUUAUUAUGAAGACUUUAAAAGGGAACCUGAAACCCAAAUACGAAAACUUGCAGAUUUCCUUGAAAUAGCUGUUUCGGACCAGAUAUUGGAAAACAUCAAAGAAGCAGUUUGAAAAUAUGCAGAGCAAAAAAACUGAUCACACCAAGUUCGUCAACAUGAAAGAAGAGAAAGGAUUCAUUUAUAGGAAAGGAGACAUAGGAGACUGGAAAACUCAUUUUACCGUAAACCAGAAUAUCAGAUUCGAUUCACAAUUCAACGAACGGAUGAAGAAUAGCAAAU